CAUACACCCCGGGCCAGCCAGUAGUCUAACUCACGGUGUAUCGCCGCCAACACCUCACACCACCAUGAAGCGGAGGAAGUAAAAGAAGCAGCAGCGGUGGCGGGCAGCAGCAAGUACAGCCGCUACAGCACCACCAGGAGGGAGGACCAGCAACACCAGCAGCAGGAAGGAACAGCAACAGGAUGGGAGGUGGCAGCAGCAAGAACAAGACUAAGGGUCACCUGCUGGACACACUACAUGACCAUGACGGGAGCAUCACCUGCAUGACGCUCUCUGAGGACGGCUCCCUCCUGGUGACGGGGUCCUACGACAUGACGGCCAAGAUGUGGAGUACUAUGAGUGAACCCACCGAGUGUCUUGGUGUACUCAAGGGCCACACUGGCAGGAUCUGGUGUGUGACCAUGAAAGGCACCUUCGUGUUUACGGGUUCUGAGGACAAGACCAUUCGGAAGUGGGAUAUGUGUACCUCCGAUUGUCUCUUUACCUACAGUGGACACGUGCAACAGGUUCAUCGAAUUAUCUGCUCAGGGGACUUCAUGUUCAGUACUUCCUAUGACAAGACGGCCAGGGUGUGGGACCUUCACGCCGACGAUGUUAUGGAAUCAGAGGAAGCCUGCGUCAGGAUCCUUGAGGGUCACCAAAUGGCUAUAUAUCCCAUCAUCUUCAUACCUGGCGACGAUACCGGAGGCCUGAACGAGGAAGGACUACACAUUAACCCAAGGGACUUGGUCAUCACGGGCAGUACGGACACCACCGCCCGUUCCUGGUCCUUGGAUAUGGGAAUCUGUAUAAAGACGUUCAAGCAACACAGAGGGUCAGUGUCAUGUAUGGACACUGACCCAACGGGGAAGUUACUGUACACCGGCAGUGACGAUUGUACUGUCAAUGUGUGGGACAUUAACAGUGGCCGAUGUCUUAAGACUCUUGAUGACCACAAAGGCUCGGUGACCUGCCUGAAGGUGGUGAAUAAACUCCUGUACACCGGCAGUGCGGACUCAAAGGUCAAGUGCUGGGUGAGGGAGUUCGGUGACUGUACCCGCACCUACAAAAUCAACAAGAGCGAAGGCGGUGUGGUGUGUUUCAAGUUCUACAGAGGUAUAUUGUUCGUCGGCUACACAGACCACUCAGCCCGCGCCUACGAUGCCAAGAGUGGAUCUAUGAAGAGAGAUUACCGCGGCCACACUGACUCCAUUAACUGCCUGACCGUGGCUGGUAAUAAGCUGUACACGGCCAGCUCUGACGGCUCCCUCAGGGUAUGGGACGCCUCCAAAGUCAGUACAGACGACGAGCUCUUCGAGUUGGCGGUGGCCAAAGCCUCACGUAAAAGAACAGCUGUGAGUCCUAUGGUUGGCGAGAUGCGUGAUGAAACGACUUCUGAAGGGGACGACUCCGAGGAGGAAGAGAACAAGCCUAUGGAUCUGGAUAAGUACCUCGACAAGUACCUGGGUGACGAUGUGGACCCCGUGAGCAAACCUGAGGACUCCACACCUGUAUAGAACCGUCAACCACACCUGUAUAGAACCGUCAACCACACCUGUAUAGAAUCGUCAACCACACCUGUAUAGAACCGUCAACCACACCUGUAUAGAACCGUCAACCAUACCUGUGUACAACUGUCAACCAUACCUGUGUAGAACUGUCAACCAUAGACACAACUUGCAUAAAAGAACUGUCAAUAAUCCUUAAUUUUUUUGGUGAAACCAUGGAGAAAUUUUACGAACGAAGGAAAGAGAGAAGACGAGGAAAGAAAGGAGGAAUAGAAUGACAUUAUAAUAACAAAAACAAUAAAAUAAAGAUUACAAUUCUCAGUUUUCACAUUUAAAAGAAAAUAAACAUUAUGAUUAUCACCAACAUUAUCUUUUAACAUCAUCAUUCAUAUUGUUCGUGUUUCUUAAGUCUGUGACGUCACCACCUGCCUCAGACUGUGUUGUAAUGUUCAGUGUUAGAGAGUAACUAUGUCCCUUUAUAUUCAUCCACUAUAACUGUGUCCAUUAGAUAAAUAUUCACUAUAUAUAUACAUAUUAUAUAAUGACGACGACGUGCCUAUACCACUUUUCAUAAACACAUACACUGUAUUUUUGCAUGCAGUCUGAUAAUAAUGUAUACCUAGCAAUAAAAUAUUUGAAUUA